AUGGCCGACAUCACCGACCAACACGACCAGACUUCGCCCACCGACCUCGACGAGUCCCAGGUCGGCAACGGCAACGUCCCCGAGAACAGAGGUGUCAAGCGCCAGCGUCCCAGCACUGCCGACGACGACGACGACGAUGACGAGAAGGGCGGCCGCGAGCGUCGCAAGAUCGAGAUCAAGUUCAUCAACGACAAGUCACGUCGUCACAUCACCUUCUCGAAGCGUAAGGCUGGAAUCAUGAAGAAGGCCUACGAGCUUUCCGUCCUCACUGGCACCCAGGUCCUGCUCCUCGUCGUUUCCGAGACGGGUCUUGUCUACACAUUUACGACGCCCAAGCUGCAACCGCUUGUGACCAAGGCUGAGGGCAAGAACUUGAUUCAAGCCUGCCUGAACGCCCCCGAGCCCUCUCAGGGUGGUGAGAACGGCGUCGACGACUCGAACCAGGUCGACUCCCCCGAGGAGCCUCCCCAACAACACCUACCUCCUCAGGCCGGCCGCCAGGGCAUGCCGCAAAACCCCCACAUGCCUCCCAACUACAUGCCCAACGUCGGCAUGGAUCCUUCGCAGGCGCUCGCAUACCAGAGCUACGUGCAGCAACAACAACGGGGCGGCGGCUACGCCAUGCCGCCGCAGUCUGGUCUCCCCCAGCACACCUCGCAUCAGUCAUGA